AUGGCCGACCAGGACAUCGCACGCUCCUGGCUUGGAAGUUUCUCCCUGGCCUUGGAAACCCGUGACUACGAUGGGCUCUCAAAGCUGUUUGCCGAGAGUUGCGCGUGGCGAGAUCUGCUCUCCUUCACCUGGGACCUCCAGACUACGGAAGGCAAGAGGCCCAUCCUCGAGAUGGUGUCAUCCGUUCUGGACCGUGUGAAGCCACACAGCUGGGUCCUCACAAGAGUGACCGAUGCAGAUGGGAUCAUCACCGCUCAGUUCGUGUUCCAGACGGCCUGUGCACGCUGCAUUGGGCAGAUGAAGCUUCGCGACGGCCUCUGCUGGACCUUGCUGACCGCUGCCCAAGCACUCCAUGGGCACGAAGAAAAGCGAGGGCUCUCCAGGGAACUAGGUGGGCAUCCGAAGGCCAUGCGGCGGCCCGCAUUGCCGCCAGCGUGCGCAGAGCCUGACCCCUUCGUCGUGAUCGUCGGGGGCAGCCAAUGUGGGGUGACUCUGGGGGCCCGGCUGAAGCAGCUCGGAGUGCCCAGCAUUGUCCUUGAGCAGAACGACCGACCAGGGGAUGCCUGGCGCCAUCGCUACGACUCCUUGCGCCUGCAUUUCCAAGUCUCGUACUGUGAGUUCCCUUACCUGCCCUUCCCAGAUCACUGGCCGAAGUACCUCACGAAGGACCAGAUGGCGGACUGGAUCGAUACUUAUGCAAGCCUGAUGAACGUUGAUUUGUGGACCCGCUCCCGCUGCGUGAAAGCGGAAUGGGACAAGGUGAAGAACAGUUGGACCGUGCAUGUUGAGAAGGACCACACACGUGUGCAGCUGCAGCCACGACACCUGGUUAUCGCAACAGGCCUGAAUGGCACUGCCCACAUUCCGAAACUCCAGAAUCAGGAGACAUUCGCAGGAGUCACCAUGCACUCCUCGCAGUAUGUCUCAGGCGCAUCCCAAGAAGGCAAGAAGGUCGUUGUCGUGGGAUCUGGCACUUCAGCCCAUGACAUCUGCCAGGACUUGUGGGAGCACGGUGCGGAUGUGACCAUGAUUCAGCGCAGCCCCACACCAAUCACCAAAGUCAGCACCCAUCAGAAGGUUUGCCUGCAGCGGCUCUACUCAGAAGAAGCAAGAGCCGGCGGGAUGAGUACGGAAGCGGCUGACUUGGAGUUUAUGUCAACGCCUUACCGACUCUCGGCUCCCCAGUAG